ACACGAGAGCAGCUUGUUCUUGGCAAGCUAGUAUGAGACAAAUGGGUGUUGGGAAGUCCCUGUAGUAGAGCUGAGGUAGCAGCUUCCCGUCUAUAUGCGAGAGGUGCUAGCUUAAGCAACCACGAAACGGGGGCGGCAAGGGAGGGGGGAGAACCAGUCAUGAAGAAGUUUACGCCAGGGAGAAGGAGAGGUGGAUUAGGGAAUUCAACGACUGUUGGUGAGCUAGAAAGGACACGGCCUCAUCCUCCACGAUGACCUGGGGUGUCUACAAUUCGACAUUGGUCGCUGAUGUCUGGCCCGAGAAGAGGUGAUGGAUUUUGCGGCGGCGACAAUGGGUCUCUCGCAAAAUCGAUCCCCGGGGUGAUGUUGUCCGAGGAGGAGGAGGAGGAGGAGGAGGAGGAGGAGGAACGGACCGCCAAUGAGCUUGAUAGAGGGAAGGACGCCGGCGGCCGGAGUCGGAAGGUUUUGGGAGUCGACGACGGCGAGAUGGAGUUAAGACCUUCUUCCCAUUUAAUUGGAGUCCAAAUGACAUGGUUUUCUAAAUUGGAUAAAUAAUUAGGGGCGAAUGGGUCUCUUGAGUACUAGGGAAGUUUGGUAAGUUUUGGAAAUUUUGGGCGUCGAUCGGUAAUUUACCAUGACAGUGAUUAAUUCAUUAUUGGUAAAGGUUUGAGUACUUAAUUGAAAUAGGCCAAAUAGGACUCAAAUGGCGGAAUCAGAAAGUGGGAAGUGGCCCUUUAGACUAAUUUGUGCAAUUUUGUAAAUUUGGGGCCGAAUUGAUAAGACUCAGAAAUUUCGAGUUCCAUUUUGUAAUUUACCAGUUUGGGGGCAAAAGGGUAAUUUUCUGGAAUUUCAUGGGGAACCCUAGUGAGGUUAAAUGGAGAAAUUUGGAAUUGCAAUUAACCGAAUUGGAGGUCGUUUGGCUAGUAAUGCUAGUAGAAAUAAGUAUUAAGUUUUGCCUAAAUACUUAAUAGGAGAAAUUGCAAGAGGUAAAGCACGAGGAGUUUGAGUGUGGAAUCCCAGAUGAUGACGUGAGUCAACCGGCAAUAAAGAAGGGUCGACUUUUCGAGGUGAGUGUAAAGGGGGUAAAAUCUCCGUCGAGGUAUUUUAGUUUAUGUCGUUAAAUUCAAGUUGUGCUAGUUAAUUUAUGAGUUUGCGCGAUUAUGUUAAAUUCAAGUUGUGCUAGUUAAUUUAUGAGUUUGCGCGAUUAUGUGUGUGAGUCAUCCCACCGCCUACUUAAGGUGGAGGCGCGUGUUGUGCUAUGUAUGUGUAUGAAUGUAUGUGGUUGAUGGUAAGAUGAACCCCCGGGCGGUUGGGCCACUACUAGACGUAGUAGAUGGUCGGGUCACUACUGGACGGCGAUACGUAAUGUAGUAGUUGAUCGUGCAUGGACUGGACGAUGAGACAUAACUCAGUGCCAUUGCCAAGUUUGUGUCUGCAACCGGACGGCGAGACGUAACGCGGUUGGCAUACUAGAGUAGGGACACCGGACGGCGAGACGUAACGCGGUGGUCCUAGUGUCUUGUAUUUGAGUUAAGGGUAGAAGUCGAGAAUUUCUAUGAGUUAUGUCGGAAUAUAGUAUUAAGGAUAGAAGUUGAGGACUUCUAUAAGAUAAAGAUAGGAGUAAAGA